GUUUACUUAAAUAUCAAGACAAUAAGAAAAUUCAUUCAGGUGAUGAAAGUUGUACUGAUAUUGAACAUUCUGCAUUUGAAAAAAGAUGGCAAUAUGAAGAUAAUAGUUUCAAAUUUACAGAAUAUAAAGAAGUGAUUGACAGUAAUAGUGAUAUACUAACUGAUAAAUUAGACAAUGCAGCAAUGCAAUAUAUUGAAGUUUUAAAAAUACUUGAUCCAACUCUUAGUUGUCUUGCAACUUCAAAACAACAAGAUCAAAAAAGAUAUGAAAAAACUAGUAAAGGCUAUUUUGCCAUUCACUUUAAUUGUAAACCACCACCAGAAACCAAAGAAUAG